AUGGAUUUUCGUGAGGUCUGGGAAAACACUCCGCUCAUCGACGAGACGAUCCCGCACGUCGUCGCAGCGAAGACAUGUGCUCAAGAUUUGAAACAAGCCGAAGACAAUUGUGUAUACCUGUUGGCAACAUCAAUCUUUUUGCUCGUCCUCAACGUCUUCUCAUUGCUCAUUUUCAAUCGUCACGCGAUUGUCAAACUGUACCGUUCCCGCUUCCAACCGCUUCCAAGUUCCGAAACCGCCUCAUCGGUCUUCCGUGGAGCGUUCGAUCAGGACUCGAUCGAUUUGAAGGGAUGA